GACGGUGUCCAUGACGACAAGCUCUCAAGGGCCAGGACUGCCCAUAAUCACUUUUCUUUCUUCCUCAUGGACCGAGUGCGAAGUCGAGCGUGAAUUCAUUGUUCUCGUGACCACGGGCGGAUUGGUCAAUGGGUGUGGAAUAUUGUCGCGAGCCUGUUCAGAAGCCCCUCCGCCCGUCGUCGUAGACGAUGAGACAGCAGCCGAAACCGCUGAAUGGACUCGGGUGAUCAGAAAUCACCAAGAGCUUAAAUUAGUGUUAAGUAUUGCGAAUCGUGCCACAGAAACGUGUCAAGUGUUUCCUGCUUAGCGCCCGCUGAGAAGAAGAUGACUCGUACGUUCUGGGAACGAGGGGCUGAGUCAAACGAAUGUGCGCCAAUUCGAUCGUAAAGGGCGAUGAGAAGGAAGACCAGAGAGAAAUGUAAAAAAGACGCGUCUGCAGGAUGAAGCAACCGAUGGAGGCCGUGUAUUGGAUGGACCCGGCCAUCAGUCACGCUAAUCUUCAUGUCGUAUCUACAACGUGGUGGCGCAUGGCUGGUGGUCUCCGGGCAGAAGGGAAUCGGACGUGUACGGGCGCAGCAUUUCGGGAGGUCUGGAAUAGUUCAGAAGCUUCAAUGGAAUCGGCAGAUUCUUCAAGAGCAGUCGAAUCUGAUCCACGCUGCGCACCGCAGGCAGCCGGACCAGCUCAUGUUUUGCUCGCAACAAGUCCCCGAGAACUCUGAUUCUCUCUACCCCACCACGUUCGCGCAAAAUCUCUCGUCUGAUUCAAAUGUCAACCCGCGUGGCUCGCUGGCACAGCCAAGCUUCGCACCCACGUCAUGAACUGUGCCCUUUUCCGGACAGAAUGCUCUGUGAUGACUCUUGUGGACAACGGCGACGUGGAAUAAAGCGGUGGAUUGCUUCCUUCGCGCAGUGUCGAGUACCAGCGAGUAACGCGAAGCCAAGAAGCCGGCCGUGAGAACGGAACAGUGGCCAGAGCAUGUCGUCACCCGAGCGAUGGAGCAUCGCCGCAGGCAGGCAGACACCAAGCGUGCCAUGAGGAAGACGAAUACUGUACUGGAAGCAGCAACAGGAGAGGAGGAUGAGGAGGAGGAGCAGGAUGAGGAGGAUCCACAUGAUCCAAGAGAAAACGGAACCUGCCCAACAGAUGAUGCGAUACUUUGCUGUGCUUCGCAUCUCUCCAUCAAACCCUCGCAACCAAACCAAACCGACCUAUAAUCGUACCCGAUUACAUAGUGCUCCUCCUCCUCCUCAUCCUCCUCCCCCGUUCGGGCGAUCGUUCUCAGCUCCAUUUGGGGAUAGAAGCAAGUGACAAGAGAGGGAGACGUGCUCCAUAGUCAUCUGUCGUCUCGUCUCGUCCCGUCUCACGCCUUGUCGUCCGGCGACCAGUGCCUAACUGCUACCAAGUACUACCCGAUGCUGACUGUAAGUAGGUCAGUAUGAUAGCGCCCAUACACUGUCUACAAGGUAGCUUUGACUAUACAUCCAAUUCAUGCUUUCUCACAGUACAAUCGAGUUUUUCAUCAUAAGUACAGUACAGUACAUGUAGCAUUAAGACAUGGCUCGGACAUUGGAACUGGGAGACGCAUCGGAAGUAGAACAUCCCAGAAAUAUCCAAUCUAUGCUACCACUAAUCUUUGGGGAACCCUGAUUCUUGUUGCCAUUAGAGAAUGGAAAGUUGUAAUUUCAGAAGGUUCUAUUCACUUAUGUUAUGUGUGC